UUGGGCCGUGCUAGGCAACUAGUUUGUAUACACAUCACACGUGUCUGUUGGAUUUUCUAUCAUCUAAAGAAAGAAAUCUAUUCUCAAAAUUCUUUCCAUUGAUACUCUCUCGAGAAGUAAGAAAAAAACCCCAAAAAGGCUUCAUCAAUGGCGCCAAAGAAGCGUGAUUCUUGUAUAGCCGAUGAACCUGAUACAAAGAAGAAAGCAAAGCUUGAUCAAUCCAAACAAGGCUCAUCACAGCUUCUACUAUCAUCUACACCACCAAGGGUGCUCCUUAACCCCGCCGAUUGUGACUUAGAUUUCAAUGUUGAAGGAAAUGGACUACAAGGUUCAGCACUUUAUGAACAAGGAUUUGCUUAUUGUUGGUCAGGUGCUCGAGCCAAUAUGGGAAUAACUGGAGGAAAGUACUGCUUUGGUUGCAAAAUUGUUUCAGAGCAGCCCGUAGACAUGGAAGACACACCACUUGAUCAGCAACAUGUCUGUCGUGUUGGCAUAUCAAGAGGGGAUGAUGCAGUAGGAAAUCUUGGGGAAACCCUGCACAGUUUUGGGUUUGGGGGUACUGGAAAAUUUUCAAGUCAAGGAAGGUUUUCUGAAUAUGGUGAAAGAUUUGGGGUUGGUGACACGAUAAUUUGUUGUGUGGACCUUGAGUGCAAUCCUCUGGCUUCCAUAAGUUUCUCUAAAAAUGGAAAGUGGCUGGGUAUAGCAAAGCAAUUUAAUGCAGGUCCAACUGCUCUUGAAGUGGUGGAUUGUCGAAUGAAAAAUCUACUAUGGCAUUCAGCUCUUUACCCUCAUGUGUUGCUUAAAAACGUAGUUGUGCAUAUGCAGUUUAGUGUAGAUGACGGACUAGCUCCUGUAGAAGGAUAUAAACCGUGGUCUUGUGCCAUGGAAGAUGGGAAAGCCAUUCCAGGCCCUAGUUUCGCAAAUCUGUGUGAUUGUGAAGUUAUGAUGCUCGUAGGACUACCUGCUGCCGGUAAGAGUACCUGGGCUGAGAAAUGGGUGAAGGAACAUCCAGAAAAGCGAUAUGUUUUGCUUGGAACUAAUUUAGCUCUGGAUCUUAUGAAGGUUCCUGGUUUGCUGCGCAAACAAAACUAUGGUGAAAGAUUUGACCGUUUAAUGGACCGUGCUACUGGUAUAUUCAACACUCUUUUGUCUAGGGCUUCCCAGAUUCCUCGUAACUUCAUAAUUGAUCAGACAAAUGUCUACAAAAAUGCUCGGAAGCGCAAAUUGAAACCUUUUGCAAACUAUAAGAAGAUUGCUGUUGUGAUUGUUCCAACACCUGAAGAGCUCAAGAUCCGUGGUGAGAAGCGAUUUAAAGAAAUGGGGAAAGAAGUUCCUGCAGAAGCAGUAAAUCAAAUGUUAGUGAAUUUUGUUUUACCUAUGAGCAAAGAUAUGCCUAGAGCAGAUGAAUACUUUGAUGAGAUACGAUUUGAAGAGCUUGGCAGAGUGGAGGCUCAGAAAUGCUUGGAUGAGAUGAAAGCAAAUUUGGAUUCAAAGAGGGAUGUUACUCCUUAUUCUCGUGAAAGUUCCGUGCAGUCACAUAAUAGCCCAUCAACGCAGUACCCUUCUGAGGCAUACCGACAGUCGUACAGUGGUCCUUCAUCACACAGUCUCAGAAAUUUACCAGGUGGACAUCCAAAUAACUCGUAUGCUUUGCCUCCACUUCAAGCACCUCGUGAAACCUUCUAUUCAACCCCUUCCAGUUACAACCCCAUAGGUGAUUUUGGUCACCAUGGAAGUCACAGUGCCUACGGUAAUUCUAGGGGAUAUGACAUGGAAGCUAGAUCAGCUAUCCAUGAAGGGAUCUAUGAGCCUCAUGUGGGUCCUGGAGCUUGGAAUGCAGCUGAGUUACACCGGAGCAACAUGAAUGAUCCCUACCCGAGGACGUUUGGGGGUCCAAGAUAUCUGCCACCUGAUUCAAGUGAACCUGCAUUUGGAUCGAGAAUGGCUACAACCUAUGGCUUUCCUCGAGGGGAUCCAGCUCCGAGGCCACCACAUGGAAAUUUUCCUUCCGGAGCACAGCAUCCUGGGGUAUACGCUCCACCUCGUCCCAGAUACUACUGAUUGUGGAAACUACAUGUACUUCAAAAACAGUUCGAUCAUACUGCUGCUUUUGUUUUUCUGUAGAAUCAAUUGGUGAGAGGUUGGUUAGGAUUUUGGUGAAUACUUGAUUAUAUAGUUCGUGUAUAUUCUUGUGUAUACGGUGGCUAACUAUGGGAUUUUUGGGGUUCUAUCGAGAAACCGUAGAGAAUUAUCAUCUCAAAUUCUGUUA